UGCUUCUGAGAGCUGAAGGGGAUAGACCAGUGUGAACUCUCCGGGUUGCUGCUCUGCUGCAGAAUACUUGUGUUUUUUUUCUUCUCCAAAGCAAUAGCUUUUAAUGGCUCCAGCCAAGCCCAGUCUAUGCCUCCUGCUCUUGCUAAUCUGCUGCUUCUCCUUGUCAGAAGCACAGCUUCUGAGUUGGCUGGGUUGGGAAACACCAAAGCAGAAGGCAGUAACUGUCCCCCCUGAAGAGAACAGCACUACUGAGGAGCAGACGAUGGGAUCGCUUACCUCUCCAGCGGCUAGCACGCUCCAUGCUCAUUUGCAGACAAUGGCACAGCAAGAAGGGAAAAUACGGAAUAUAUUUACACUCAAGAGGCAAGAGCCUGAGUCGGAUGUGACUGUGCCCACAGCGGCACCAUCUCGAACAUCAAAAGACAAGGAGGAGAAUAUUGCAGGGGUAGGGGCUGAGAUACUGACUGUUGCUGAAGGCAUUAGGAGCUUGGUCCAGCUGUGGGAUGAGACGGUCACCAAGGGAACAGAGGGCACGCAGGAACUGACAACAGCUGCUCCUUUCACAGCUGCACAUCCCAGCCUCUCUGCUACUAGCCUUGUUACGGGAUCAGCUGGCAUUGAGAACAUGACUGCUGACUCUACAGGGGGUGUCCAAAGCCCACUGGAAACUGGGCAGCCAGAUGUUGCAUUCCCUGUUCCCACCGGGCCUCCCCCUGUCCUAUGGAACAGGACUCGAGUGCUCUUACAGCAGCCUGCGUCUCUUCCCCCAGAAAAUUUCAGCACAGAAGUUGGACUCUUAGAGCUGAUUGGAGAUCCCCCACCAGAGCAGAUAACCAAAAUUUAUGGCCCUGACAACAAUCCCGGCUAUGUCUUUGGCCCUGAUGCCAACACUGGUCAAGUGGCCCGAUACCACUUGCCAAGCCCUUUUUAUCGGGACUUUUCACUCCUGUUCCAUAUUCAGCCCACAACUAACAAGGCCGGCGUGCUCUUUGCCAUCACGGACUCUUCACAGACUGUUAUUUACAUUGGCAUUAAGCUCUCUGAUGCAAAGGAAGGGAGGCAGCAGAUCAUCUUCUACUACACAGAACCAGGGUCUCAGAGCUCAUAUGCAGCUGCCACUUUCACCGUGUCAUCCCUCCUGAACCAGUGGACUCGCUUUGCUAUUAGCGUGGAGGAUGAGGAGGUGGUGCUGUUCCUCGACUGUGAGGAAUAUGACCGGAUUCGUUUUGAACGCUCCCCUGACGAGAUGGAACUGGAGGAUGGCUCUGGGCUCUUCGUGGCGCAGGCUGGAGGGGCUGAUCCAGACAAAUACCAGGGGGUGAUAGCAGACUUGAAGAUAAAAAAUGAUCCCCAUGCUGCUGUACUUCAAUGUGAGGAGGAUGAGGACGAUACUGAGGAGAUGUCUGGAGAUUUUGGAAGUGGAGCUGAGGAAAAACUCCACUCAUCAGGAAAGGAGAGGGGGAUCCCAACUGUCUCAGGACUCCCCAAACCUCCCCCUGUCACUUCUCCCCCCAUUGCUGGCAGGCCGGUGGAGAAAGUCAGUGGGAGCUCUCAGCUGCAGACAGAGCACAUCAAAGCAGAAGAAACACCAUCAGUAUCUACAGGAGACAAGGUUGGUCAAAAAGGUGAAAAGGGGGAGAAAGGAGAACGUGGUCCAAAAGGAGACUCCAGAACUGGUGGGGUUCCGUCCACAGGUGGUGGCAAAGGAGAAAAGGGAGAAAAAGGUGAACUUGGUGUUAAGGGAAGUGCAGGAUUUGGGUAUCCAGGCUCAAAGGGCCAGAAAGGCGAGCCGGGUGCUCCAGGGGAUCCCGGUCCUCCUGGCCCCCCAGGGCCCUCUGGAACCAUCUUGCAGCACCAGGAUGGCUCUGUGGUGGAGCAUGUCACUGGGCCUCCAGGAGCCGUGGGCCCCCCAGGGCUUCCCGGGAAAGAUGGUCCCCCUGGCAAGGACGGAGAGCCUGGGGAUCCUGGUGAAGACGGCAAGCCUGGUGACACUGGGCCCCAGGGAUUCCCAGGAACUCCAGGGGAGCCUGGCCUCAAGGGUGAGAAGGGUGACCCAGGGGUCAGUGUGAGAGGAUCCCCUGGACCGCCUGGCCCACCUGGCCCACCUGGGAUACCAGGACUUUCAUCUAAACAGGAUAAGCUGACAUUCAUUGACAUGGAAGGGUCUGGGUUUGCAGGUGAUCUGGAAAGUUUGCGGGGACCCCAAGGCCCACCAGGUCCCCCAGGACCUCCUGGUGUGCCUGGCCUGCCAGGAGAACCGGGAAGAUUUGGGAUGAACCACACAGCGAUUCCAGGUCCCCCUGGCCUGCCAGGCAAAGAUGGAAGCCCCGGACUGCAAGGACCACCUGGUCCUCCAGGUCCUCCAGGAAGAGACGGGUUACUUGGCCAGCCAGGAUUCAGAGGAGAGAAGGGUGAUUCCGGUGAUUUAGGCCUUCCUGGAGCUCCUGGACCCAAGGGCAGUAAAGGAGAAACUGGACCACAAGGAUCGCCAGGGGAAACAGGGUUGGCUGGCCUUCCUGGACCUAUUGGACCCCGAGGACAGCCAGGUCCUCCUGGUCCUCCUGGACCUCCAGGGCCAGGCUAUGAAGCUGGAUUUGGUGAUAUGGAAGGCUCAGGCAUGCCAGUUGUUUCCGGUGUUCCUGGGCCACGUGGACCUGAAGGGCCACAGGGGCCACCGGGACUCCCUGGACUCAAGGGAGACACUGGCAGUUCAGGUCAGCCUGGUGUGCCAGGACAAAAGGGAGAUCCUGGUACUCCAGGGACAAAUGGUCAGCCUGGAUUGGAGGGCUUCCCAGGACCUCAGGGACCAAAGGGUGACCAAGGCAGCCCAGGGGUUAAAGGUGAACGAGGUCAAGAUGGAGUUGGACUGCCAGGUCCCCCUGGGCCCCCAGGACCACCAGGAGAGAUUGUCUAUGCCUCCAAUAAAACAUUGGCUGUUUUGCCAGGCCCAGAGGGCAGACCAGGUCAUGCUGGCUUCCCGGGCCCAGUGGGACCUAAAGGAGAGGCAGGAUCCCCAGGGCUCCAAGGCUUUCCAGGGCUGAAGGGUGAAAAAGGAGAGCCUGGAGUGAUCAUUGGCCCAGAUGGGACAGUCACAGCCCUUGACACAAAAGGAGAAAAGGGUGAACCGGGGCUGAGGGGACCAGUGGGCCCACCGGGCCCACAUGGACGGCCUGGACAGAAGGGAGAGAUUGGCUUUCCUGGUAGACCUGGUCGUCCUGGCAUGAAUGGGCUGAAGGGUGAGAAGGGUGACCCUGCAGACCCUAGCGGAGGGUUUGGCUUACCGGGUCUUCCAGGUCCCCCAGGCCCUCCAGGCCCUCCUGGCAGCAUAGUGCCCAUCUAUGACGGUAACGCAUUUACUGAGUCAGGCCCUCCUGGACCUCCUGGCUUGCCAGGUUACCAGGGUGCCCCAGGACAGAAGGGUGAGAAAGGAGACACAGGUGCCCCAGGGCCCCCAGGCCAGUUCCCUUAUGACCUCAGCCGAUUUGGUGCCGCUUUUCGGGGUGAAAAAGGAGAGCGAGGGGACUCCGGCUUAAAAGGCGAAAAAGGCGAGCCUGGUGGGGGAACACUAUAUGGACCAGGCGUUGUUGGACAGCCGGGCCCUCCUGGUCCCCAGGGCUACCCUGGUCUUCCGGGUCCCAAGGGAGACAGCAUUGCUGGCCCACCUGGCCCCCCAGGACCUCAGGGACCUCCUGGCAUUGGGUAUGAGGGGCGACAGGGCCCUCCUGGCCCACCUGGGCCCCCUGGGCCCCCCUCCUUCCCAGGACCCCACAGACAAACCAAUGUGGUUGGCCCUCCUGGCCCACCAGGGCCUCCAGGACCUCCAGGCACCAGUGGGACAUCUGCUUCCUCUGGGCUGAAGAUCCUGCCAUCAUAUCAGGCCAUGCUGAGCACAGCCCAUGAGGUGCCCGAGGGGUGGCUUGUCUUCAUAGUGGACAGAGAAGAGCUGUACAUCCGUGUGCGAAACGGCUUCCGGAGAAUCCUGCUUGAAGAUCGCACUGUGAUCUCCAGCACUGCACUGGACAACGAGGUGUAUGACAAGCCACCCAGCAUCCAUUUUGCACAUGGCAGCUCUCCCUCUUCUGGGUCACAGCCGCGUGUACCUGUGCACCCGCACCGCGAUUACAACACUUACACCACGGUGCGGCCCUGGGGAGGAGAUGACAUCAUUGCUAACCACCACCGCCUACCCAAGCAGCCCUCCAUACACCAGGGAGCACAGCACCAGCAGGAGAAUCUGCAUGACUUCUAUCCAAACCGCCGGCCAGAGAACACCCCCUCUGCCAUGCACACGCACCAUGACUUCCAGCCUGCUCUCCACCUCGUGGCUCUGAACACCCCCCUGAGUGGCAGCAUGCGCGGCAUCCGUGGAGCUGACUUCCAGUGCUUCCAGCAGGCCAGGGAGGUCGGACUGACAGGCACCUUCCGAGCCUUCCUCUCCUCCCGGCUGCAGGACCUGUACAGCAUCGUGCGCAGGGCUGACCGGAGCUCGGUGCCCAUUGUCAACCUCAGGGAUGAAGUGCUGUUCAAUAACUGGGAGUCCCUGUUUUCAGGCACGGAGGCGCAGCUCCGAGGUGGUGCUCACAUCCUCUCCUUUAAUGGAAAGGAUAUCCUGAGAGACUCCACUUGGCCUCAGAAGAGCGUGUGGCAUGGCUCUGACUCCAAGGGGCGUCGCCUGACCGAGAACUAUUGUGAGACGUGGAGGACUGACAGCAGCGUGGUGACAGGGCAGGCCUCCUCUCUGAGCUCAGGCAAGCUUCUGGAGCAGAAGGCAAGCAGCUGCCAGAAUGCCUUUGUCGUCCUGUGCAUUGAGAACAGCUUCAUGACCUCUUCCAAAAAAUAACCCUGGGCACGAAAUGCUGGGAGGAGGGGACCUGAACACAUCUGUCAAGAGCUGGAGGGGCAGCCAGCUCCCCUGCACAGCUUCUGCCUUCAUGCAUCGAUUCCCAGAUAUAAAACCAAAGAGUGUUGUGAUAGUUUUAAAUGCCAACCCGGCACUCACUGUGGUGUCUCUUCUCAGCAGCCGCACUCUGACACAGGGCUUGUGCACUGCGGGCUGAUAUGGUUGCCAGAGGAGUGGCCUGGUAGGCUUGCUGGACAUGGCAAACUCCUCACGUUUGUCAAUGUGCCAUGUUCUUGUCUCUUCUUCUCUUUCUUAAUCCCCCUAAUAUUUAACCACUUGAGUUUUAUAUUCUUGCAUAAACUCCCCCUUGUUUCCCUAUUUGUUACCUUGCUUAGGAUGCUCUUUACAGGGAGGGGCCCGGUGUUGCCCACAGGAGUGCAUACCAACAAUGCCCUUCAUUGAGUUUUUGGAAAUCAGCAAGAUGUUCUUCAUUCUAAUAAGAGGCCUGAUUGGAAAGUGGCUGCUCAGCCACUCCUCACACUGCAGCUCCCCACUUUGUGGGGCUCUCUGGCCUUGGUCUCUCUUGUUAGGAGCUGAAGCAAC